AUGCAGUAUCCUACUUCAUUUAGACUUAUAUGCAUCGUCUUUAGCCUAGCGCUCGCCGUCUUCCUCUACGGACUGGAUCAGACAAUCAUCGCGACUGCCAUACCAAAGAUCACGGACAACUUCAAUAGCCUUGGAGACGUGGGUUGGUAUGUCGCAGCCUACCUAUUCACGUCGAGCGCGUUCCAGCUACUCUUUGGAAAGAUGUUCACCAUUUUCUCCAUCAAAAUCGUCUAUCUCUGUGCAGUUGCUAUCUUUGAGCUGGGAUCUUUGAUUUGUGCCACUGCACCUAACUCAGGCGCAUUCAUAGCUGGCCGUGCCAUUGCCGGUGUGGGCGCGGCUGGCCUAUAUUCUGGGGCCGUCAUUAUCCUCGCUCGUUCCGCUCCCCUAGAGACACGUCCACGCUACAUAGGAAUGUUAGGUGCAGCGAUGGGCGUGGCAGCCAUUGCUGGGCCUUUCGUUGGUGGAGUAUUCUCUGACAAGGUUACGUGGAGGUGGUGCUUCUAUAUCAACCUACCCCUCGGUGUGGUCACGUUCGCCAUCGUCACAAUUUUCAUCGAUUUGCCGCAAGACCCGAAGUACAAGGCAAUGCGUGGGGUAGAGCUCCUCAAGCAACUUGACUUCCCGGGGGUACUUACUCUCGUACCUGCGAUUAUCACGCUACUCCUCGCCUUGCAAUGGGGAGGAUCUACCUAUACUUGGUCGAGCCCAAGGAUCAUUGUACUGCUGAUCUUAUCCGGCCUUUUCUCCGCCGCUUUCGUCGCCGUUCAACACUUCACGCCUAAGACUUGCACGGUCCCAGGAUCGAUUUUCCGCUCGCGAAGUAUCGCAUUCACGACCUGGUACGCUGUCUGCACAUUCUCCGUUUUUGUGGUAAUGGUUUAUUACCUUCCCAUUUGGUUUCAGGGCAUUCAGCAAGUUUCGGCUUUCCAGUCUGGUGUUAGAGUUAUUCCACUGAUACUGGGAUUCAUCAUCUUUGCCAUCAUCUCCGGAAUGUUAACCGAAAUCACCGGCUACUAUACUCCCCUCAUGGAUGGCUCAUCGAUCAUCAUACCAAUUGCAAUCGGACUGCUAAGCACCUUCCGACCAGAUACUCCAUCUUCGGAAUGGAUUGGAUACCAGGCGUUGCUCGGCUUCGGUAUUGGCUUGGGCAUCCAGUGUCCAUUGGUAGUCAUCCAGAACAUCCUCAUUGAGGAUGAGGUGCCGAUUGGAACUGCUUUGAUCACCCUGGUCCAAAACCUUUUUGGCGCCGUCUUCAUCGCGAUUGCGCAAAACGUCUUCAAGAACCAACUGAAAAGAAACGUGUCAGCGGUGUUGCCGGACCUCGACAUACGCAUUUUGCUCAAUGGUGGAGGCGUCACGACGGUCAUCUCCAAGGUUCCGUCAAAUUUGCACACAGACUUUCUUGAGGCUUAUAGCAGGUCCGUCACCCAGACCUACUAUAUUGGUAUUGCGUUGGGUGCACUUAGUAUGAUCGGAUCCCUCGGCACUGAAUGGAUUCCAAUCAAGAAGGAUGGGGAAAAUAAGAACGAGCCGGCGGGCGACGGCGAGCGUGGGCAGAGGGAUGCGAAGGUCCAAGUUAGCGUCCAGAAUAACAAAAUGCUAGUAGAGCAAGCUGAGGUGAAGUAG